AUGGCGGACCUUCAGAACAUCUUGGAGGAGUUCAAAGCUUUCGAUAAGACAGGAGAUGGCCUCAUCUCCAGGGAGGAGUUCACAUCUCUGCUGCACCACCUCGACAAGGGCGCGUGGCCCGCGGAGGACGUGGACGCCCUGUUGGACUCUUCCCACUUGGCCCGGGGUUCACAGAAGGUACCAUACGUGGAGCUCUUCACGUGGUUUUUUAGUUCGCAGUCCGAGGACACCUUCAACAACAUCGUGAUCCUAACAGACUCCUACAAGGUGACCCACCACUUGCAGUACCCGCCUGGCACCGAGAAGGUCUACUCGUACUUCGAGUGCCGAGGCGGCCAGUUUCCUGAAGUGUGCUUCUUCGGUCUGCAGUACCACAUCAAGAAAUACAUGACAGGACCAGUGGUGACGAUGGACAAGAUCGAUGCCGCGGAGGAAUACUUCAAGAUCCACUUCUCUCAUCCGAAGUGGGACUACAAUGACACCCUGUUCAAUCGUCAGGCAUGGGAGUACAUCGCGACCCAUCACGCUAGCGGUGUUCACUUGGUCAAUUGCAUGAGCACAGACACUAUGGCCGCCCUGAUUAUGCUGAAGGAGUUCUACGCGUUGGCACGGCUGGCUACAGGUCACAAGUGCACGAUGACCUCUCACAGCUCCGCCACCGACGCCUCCAGCUCUGCCAGUGGCGACGCCGGCAACGACCGCGCAGAUACCAACGCAGACUUGGGCGCCAAGCAGGGGUUGAAGCUUUGGGAUCUUAUCGGCAGGAUGCUACCUUGGAGCGUGGUCUACCAGCUGUGCCAGUUCAGUAAGAUCUUGGGCUCCCUCCAACACGAGAUGAGGCCAAUCGGGAUCUCUGGGAGGCUCGUCAUGCUGUCGGAGGCCUUCGUGAACAACAAGAAUGUCGUGCCCUUCGCCUUAACCUCGAGCAGGCCCUUGCUCCAGUUCCUCAAGAUCCCUCUGAAGUACCCGAAGUGCCCCCACCACCUCCCGCCCCUCACCCUGCUCCGCGCUCUGCACGAGCCAAGCCGAAGGCGGGAGGACGUCGCGCACAGGCGGUGGUCUCAGAGCCACCUGGAGGGUGUACCUAUGACCGACCUGCAGAAAUGUCUAGCUGCAGCUACGGCCAAGGCGGCAGAGGCUCGUGGCAAGGUCGAGGAGGGAAGGAAGGACGAACCUGGCACGCAGGCUGGUCCCGGUGCCCCCGACGCCAAGUCUCGGAGAACGGCCGACGGCGGGGGCCAGCCCGACGAGGUCAACGCGAUGUUCCUUCGAGAUUAUUUGAAUUUCAAAGCUUCAGCUCGCCCAGCCUUGGCGGCGAAGCAGAUUGUAUUUCUUCUGAAGUCGAAUGCCAAUGCCGCCGCCUUUCGCGCCAUGACCCAGACAGAUAUUGACCAGAAGCCCGAGAUCACCGAGGAGAUGCGCAAGCAGACUUUGAAGCAGCUCGCGACCACGCCAGCAGCUCAGAUCAAGUUCUGGGUGGGAGAAUUUACGUCUCGCUACUCCAAGCCUCUCACGGAUCGCACGUGGAAGUGGACGCUUACCUUUACCGAUGUCACACCAGAUGCGUUCCUCGAGGCGUUCGCGAAGAUCAUGGCGUGGAAGGAUCCGACGAAUGGCAUCGUCCUCGAGAGCUGGCACACAUUUCAACGGCCGGAAUUUUUUGACUGCUAUUUUUCAAUGGAGUGGUCUACAUUUGCGCAGAUGGGCCAAAUGUUACUAUGGUGCGAGUUCCCCUUCGGUGCGUGGCCCACCCUGUCCAUCUUCUCCGACAGCAAUUUUGUCAACAACCUUCAAGAUGUCACGGAGUACUUCAUUUUUGAUGGCACAAGGGACACAUUGGACGGGGGCUACGGCGCCUGUUCCGAGGUGGACUUCUUGUUUGACAGCAUCAUCAUUUUUGUCGAGGGCUCCGAGAGUUACACCAUCUUCUACACAGGCUUGGGUUUCUUGCGAGGGUUUCUUGCGGCCGCGCCCGCACUGUGCGACAUCUUCAAGGCUUGCACAGACUACUGGGGGACCGAGCUGAAGGCAACGAUCGAGAAGAGCGGCGGCGUCCUCGUCGUGCGCCCCGACAGCGGCGAGCUGCCAGGCAUCGUCCUGCAGGUGUUCGAGAAGCUCGAGAGUAAGUUCGUGAGCACGCAGACCGAGACGGGGCACAAGCUCUUGCCUCCAUGCAUAUGCGUGAUCCAAGGCGACGGGGUGGAUAUCAAGUCUGUCGAGAUGGUCCUGGAGGCGAUGCGCAAGGACAGAUGGGCUGCCGACAGCUUGGCGUUCGGCAGUGGUGGCGCCCUUCUCCAGAAGAUGCACAGGGACACCCAAAAGUGUGCGUUCAAGUGUUCGUACGCUCUGAUCAAAGGCAAGAAUGCUGACGCGGUGAAAAAUCCCAUCACGGAUCCGGGCAAGAAGUCGAAGAAGGGAAGGUUGACCCUCGAGUUGCGCGACGGCGUGUGGACGACGGCAACCGAAGGCAAGGAUGACCCCAAGGUUGAUCAGCUGGUGGAGGUGUUCAAAGAUGGGCGGUUGCUGGUAGAUGAUACAUUGAUCAGGAAUCCCGGGGACGCGUUCAACAAUAUAGUCCUGCUCACGGACUCUUAUAAGGUCACCCAUCAUUUGCAGCACCCUCCUGGCACUGAGAAGAUCUACUCAUACUUCGAGUGCCGCGGCGGUCAGUUCCCCGAGGUGUGCUUUUUCGGACUCCAGUACUACCUCAAGAAGUACAUGGUCGGACCGGUGGUCACGCCCGAAGCCGUCAAUGACGCCGAGGAAUACUUCAAGAUACACUUCGCGCACCCGGUCUGGGGCUACGACAGCAAGCUGUUCAAUCGCGAGGCUUGGGAGUACAUCCUGAAGCAGCACGGUAAGCACCUGCCAGUUGUCAUCAAGGCGGUGCCCGAGGGGACAGUCCUCCCGUACAAGAACGUCCCGUUCACCCUGGAGAACACCGACACGAAGUGCUUCUGGCUCGCGAACUACCUCGAGACGCUGCUGGUGCAGGUUUGGUACGCCAUGACGGUGUGCACCCAGAGCCGCGACAUGAAGAAGAUUAUCAUGGCGGCGGGCACAUGUUCAAAAUGCAUGCACGACUUCGGCUUCCGCGGGGUGUCCUCGGUGGAGUCGGUCGCGACUGGCGGCGGCGCGCAUCUCGUGAAUUUCCUCGGCACCGACACGAUGGCCGCGCUGGUGAUGCUAAGGAAGUUCAACGGGGAGCCGUGCGGCGGAUUUUCGAUCCCCGCCUCCGAGCACAGCACCAUGACCAGCUGGGGCAGGGAGGGCGAGGUGAGCGCGAUGAGGAAUAUGCUGGAGAUGUCCCCCACGGGCCUCGUGGAGUGCGUGAGCGACAGCUACGACAUCUUCAAGGCGUGCACGGACUACUGGGGCACCGAGCUGAAGACCACCAUAGAGAAGCGCGACGGCGUGCUCGUCGUUCGCCCGGACAGCGGGAAGUUUCCGGGCAUUGUGCUGCAGGUCCUGGAGAAGUUGAAAACCAAGUUUGGAUCCACAACGACGUCCACAGGUCACAGGGUGAUGCCAGACUGUAUCCGCGUAGUCCAGGGAGACGGCGCCGACAUCAAGUCUCUGGAAGUCGUCUUGCAGGCCAUGAAAGACAAAAAGUGGGCCGCAGACAACCUGGCGUUCGGCAGUGGCGGGGCACUGCUCCAGAAGAUGCACGGGGACACGCAGAAGUGCGCGUUCAAGUGCUCCUACGCGUUGAUCAAGGGUCAGGACGUCGACGUGGUCAAGGAUCCUAUCACCGAGCCUGGGAAAAAGUUCAAAAAUGGCAAGCUGACCUUGGAGCUGAAUGGUGGGCAGUGGACGACUGUGACUGAGGGCAAGGGCAACCCAUCCCUGGACAAGCUCGUGGAGGUCUUCCGUGAUGGCAACCUGUUGGUAGACGACACGUUCGCCGCCAUCCGCGAGAGGGCGAAAGUCCCAGCGUAGGCUACGAGCAUGGCUCCGAAGCACGUCCACCAGUGAGGCUGCUUUUGUAGGCAGUUUCGCCCCUGCACCGCCCUUGCAGCCACGUCCCUUUGCGGAACACAUUGCUUAAGCACAAGUAGUGUCACCCGCACAUGCACACAGGACAGGCAUACGCAACAGCCAUAGGCAUCC